AUGUCUCUCAAGCCUAUUGUUCUCUAUGGCCACGGUCCUGGCCCCAACCCUUGGAAGGUCGUCAUGGUCCUCGAGGAGCUCAACAUUCCCUACGAGAACAAGAUCGUCGACUUCCCCGAUAUGAAGAAGGAGCCCUACGAGUCUAUCAACCCCAACGGUCGAGUCCCCGCCAUCGAGGACCCCAACACCGGCAUCACCCUCUGGGAGUCCGGCGCCAUCCUCGAGUACCUGGUCGAGACCUACGACAAGAAGCACACCCUCAGCUUUGAAACCGGCUCCAAGGACUACUUCCUGGCCAAGCAGUGGCUGCACUUCCAGAUGUCCGGUCAAGGCCCUUACUUCGGCCAGGCCAUGUGGUUCACCCGUUUCCACUCGGAGCAGGUCGAGAGCGCUAAGGAGCGUUACUACAAGGAAGUCCGCCGUGUUUCGGGUGUCUUGGACAAGUACCUCGCUGAUAAGGAGUACCUUGUCGCUGGCAAGUUCAGCUAUGUCGACCUGGCUUUCAUUCCCUGGUACCAGCUGGUUAGCGUGUUUGGCAUUGAUCUGUCGAAGGAGUUCCCCCACCUUGAUGCCUGGUUGAACCGCCAGAAGGCCCGCCCCGCCAUUGCCAAGGCCCUGAAGCUGCGCGAGGAGGCUGUGGCUGCUCAUUAA